ACAGAACACUAUGUUGACAGAGCGUGCGCUAAAAAUCCAUGAUCACCCACGAGGCCACGAGGUAGACAAACAUAAAACCUAACCUUAACAAAUACAAGUAUUUGAUAAAAUAUAAAUAAAAUAUAAUAAAAAUGUAUUUAAUGUAUUAUUUGAACGAAAACGGAGAUAGGGUGUAUACUCUAAAGAAAGUAGAUCCAAAUGGAAAACCCACAUUGUCAGCACAUCCAGCUCGAUUCUCCCCUGAAGAUAAAUAUUCAAGGGAAAGAAUAACAUUAAAAAGGAGAUUUGGUCUAUUACUUACACAACAACCACUACCAAUUUAUUGAUUUGUGUUUGUAUUCAUUUAUUACUUGUAAUUAAUUGUAUCUGUAUUAUAUACGAAUGAAAUUAAACUUUAUAAAAUGAGACAUA